AUGACUAGCAACAAUUCUUCCACGUUAAAAACAAAAAAAAUUCGUGUGAUUGCUGGUAGUUAUGAGCGAAUCCUUUAUGGAAUUGAUGCAAAAUGGAUAAAAUCUAAUAUAGAAAUGUUUCGAAACGCUGCUUCACUAUAUCUCAAACGACUUAGUACUGGUGCACGUCCUAAAUUUCCUACUUUGGAGACUACCAUUUACGAUUGGGUUAAGAAAUUGCGGCAAGAACAAAAAGUCGUAACAUGCACUAUG